GGAACUCCGCAAGCAAGAGUGCAAAAUGUGUUCCAAAAAUUGAAUUUCCUUCAAAAGGAGCUCCACUGAAAAAUCAGAACGAAAGAGAUCUUGGAAUUGUCACUCACCUGUUCUCACAAUUAAUCACCUUGAAAAGCGGAUAUCUUGAAAAGCGGAUUUUUUCGUAGAAGAAUUUGAUGACGAGAAGUAGAUAUCCAAAUAACAUCAUCAUCCUUGCAUUCUCAUUUCAAUACCAUCAUCAUUCAACAUCCUCCACCAAUGCAAAACCAUGGGUCAACAGGAGGUGUAGUGUUUUGGGUUCUCGAAGCCCGAUAUUGUGUUGACACUACCUAAAAAAACUGGUACCUCGUUUCUUCCCUGAAGCAGGUACGAAAAAACCAAAUAACAUUAACUAGACGAAAAAAUAGCAAAAAUAUUUAUAGCAAAGAACAGCAUUUGUGCUCUUGCCUUUGUCUUAAAUUUCAUAGGUAGUUCUACUUCUAUUAUUACGACUUCUAAUUUCAAGACUGCUAGAAAUCACAAAGCUUUUUUCAGUAGAGGUCGUUCUACUUCUUGUACUAGAGAUUGAUAUAUAGUAUUGAUUGUAAGAAUUUUCUUUUACGAACCCCAUGUCCAAUUUCCGAUUUAGAAGUACUACCAUCUUCAGUCAUCGAGUGAAGAUAAAGGAUACAUACAAUUUCUCAACUUUUCCUCCACUUCUAUAAUAUCGAACUAUCUCCAUCUUCAAAUUACGACGACAUCUAGUACUUAAACAAGUAUGAAGUAGAUGAGAUUUUACUAGAACGCGUUAUUUGCCUCAGGAGUCCUAUUUUCAGAUUUGAAAGUACCCCACCACUUAUUCUGAUCGUGCACCAUAUUGUUUGUACUAGUGUAGUACGGCAAUUCAGAUUGAUUCUUAAGAAGGAGAGGAACUACAACUAGGAAGUUCAUACUUGCCCCAAUAUAAUAGAGGAGCUAACUCGUUCAACAACAUAUAAGUAUACAUACACUUCUUCGCAAGUUUUUGAAACGCACUAGGUCGCUCAUCUCGCGCUUUUCAUACUGAGCUCCUCGGAAGGAAGAUUCCGGUUUUCAAUUUCUACUGUAUCUUCUUUAUGGCUGCGAAGGAACUAGAAUAUUAAAGCCGCGGGGAAUAGAACAAAGAGUCAGCUUCUCUUGCAGUACUAGAUCUUCGAUUCACUAGUACCUGAGCUGCAGGCUAACAGGCGGAAACACAUAGAAAAGCAAAGCAGAAGCAGAUAGCACAGCGGUCGUUGCAGCGAAAGCACACAGGAAAAGCACACGUGCGCUUCCGACAAGAUGACGGAGUCACAGAGCGUGCCGUACAUAGGGAGUAAAAUCUCCCUCAUAACGACACACGACAUACGAUACGAAGGCGUGCUCAUACAGCUUAACCAGAAAGAAAGUACUUCCUAUUUACUAAUAAAACGUUGCUGGAUAUGGAUUCGUUGUGAAGAUCGCAUGGUGUCUUUUUUGUUGUAAUGAGUUCAUUGUCAGAGUAGAGAACAUUUUGGACUUGGAUUGUAAAGGACCUUUGAAACUGUACCUGAUGAGAUCCUUCAUGAUGAUUCUAGUUCUACAACUUCCAAAUUGAAAAACAGGCACCAUCGCCGUCCAAAAUGUUCGGUCAUUUGGGACAGAAGGGCGAAAGCAACCGGAGGUGCCGAUGUCAAACGAGAUUUACGAUUAUAUCGUGUUUUCGGGGAAAGACUUGAAGGAUCUGACGGUUAUCCAAGAGGAUAAGGCUGCUGCGACAACAAGCUCUUCUAAGAAUACCGACUCAAACAGCAGAGGAGGUAGUUCUGCUCAGCAAUCAUCUGCUACUACCAUCCAUCAACAGAGUAGUACUGCUUCAAAUCAAAACACAGGAGGAGGCACUAGUGCUGGAAAUAAUGGUGGAGCAGGGGGACAUCAGUCUCUUGCAGCACAGCAACAGCAUGUGGGAGGACACAUGCAGCAACAUCAACAGGUUGGGACCCCCACAGAAAAUUCCCCCAAUGGCUAUGGUAUGUAUGGACCAGGUUCUGGUGGUGGUAUGACGAGUAUGAACGCCCAACAAGGAGGUAGCGUUUCUUCUUCGCAGCACGACCAAAUGCAAGGACAUUCGCAGUACCAACAGCAUGGAGGUAGCAGUAUGAUGCAGCACAAUAACAUGUCAGGUGGAAUGCACCAGAACCCAGUAGCAGGCGGUCCUCCUCAAUUGGGCGGUAAUCAUGUUGGCGCAGGGAUACAACCUUCUCAACAUCAUGGACAACAACAACACUCCGCUAAUCAUACCUCAUCUACGAUGCAGCCGCAGCAUCACCUGAACAAUACUUCUAUGUCCUUGCACCACGGCCAAAGUCAACAGCAGUACUACCAACAUGCGCCACCAGGGCAACAGUACAACAAUGGAGGUGGAGGAGCUGGAAACCACCACUACAACAACAGCAUCCCUCCACCCCACCAAAUGAUGGCCACCAGCUCAAGUUCCACGGCAAAAGCAGAGAUAUCGAGCUCAACCACAGCAUCUUCGAGUGGGCAGGGAGCGCCAAGUUCAAGCGGCAGCGGGGGACAACAGGUAGGAAGAUAGAAGAUUCUUGAGGUCGGUGCUGUUGCACAAGAUACAACGAAUAUUUUCAUUUUUUUGAAGAAGGAUGGAUCGUUUCUUGAAUUCUAGGGCCUACGAGAUUGUUGAUUCAGGACUUACGACUUCGAUUCUUUGGCUGUUGAGAGAACACUUGACUCAGCAUUGUUCCUGAUUACUUGUACUACUAGUGCAUUUGAUUAUGCUGUGGAAUUUGAGUGUCUUGUCGAAGCAAAUAACCUUUCAUCAUCUCAUAAAAUUCAUCAGGACUCGACAGCGAACUCACCGCGGCAAGACGAUGCCUUUGGACGAGGAGUUGCACAGUACUAAAGAUAUACUCGUCUUACUUUCAAGACUUCUCUACCAACCUAAUGAAUUCUAGAUCUAAAAGUGUCAUGUAGUUUGAGAAGAUAUUGAAGAUGUCAAGAUAGUAUGAUUGAAUAGGAUCACUUUUUAGUAUAGUAUAACUAUAAGUAUGUGUAUGAUUGACUCUCUUCUUCAUUGCUAUCUUAACUUUUUUUUCUAAAAUCUGUCCAGGGACCAAGCGAUAUACGGCGACGGCUACAACCACGCAGCACAAUACGACUGGAGCCACCAGCACUAUGGAAUGUACUAUUACAAUUUUGAUUUUUUGGCCUUGCCCUUGUACUUCUCCGGCAAAAUAAGAAAGAGUGAUUCUAAUCAAAAUGACCUCCUGAUCCUUAUAAUCGCCUUAUCCAACGACCUCCUAUCCGCCUUCACAGGCAACCUGCCGCAACAACCUGGGAUCGGUCACCUGCAAGAGGACAGCAGUGGGAACAACCCCGCCAGCAGUGGGAGUCACCCAACCGCGCGCCCCCUUUCAUGGGCAUGAACCAGAACCGUGGAAUGCCGCAAGGCUUAUCUCCAGGCGGAAGCCAAGGCAACGGAAGCAUGGGAGGAGGACCUCCUAUGGGUGCUUCAGGUGGUACUAUGCAGCCAGGAGGCGGUAAUAUGCAGCCAAUGGGAGGCAAUGCACAACACCAGCAUCAGCCUGGAGGAAUGGCCCCUGGUUUCGGCGGCUAUGAGCAACCACCUAUGACCGGCAAUAACCCAGCGGGGCCUGGUAUGCAGCAACAAGGAAGCAACAUGGGAAUGCAAGAAGCAUCGAUGCAAGGACAUAUGAUGCAGCCUCAGAACAUGGGACAGCAUCCCGGAAGUAUGGGAGGGCCAGUAGCACCAGCAAGCGCAUCGAAUGUCAGCCACGGAGGAGGACCUACAGGUCAUCCCAACGGGCCUACAUCAAUGCAUCCGAACAACAUGGGAAUGGGUCCUAGUAGUGCGACUUCGAACAUGAUGAACCCGAGUCCGCGAAGUAACAUGACAGGAGUUGUCGGGAACCACAAUACUAUGGGAACGCCAGGCAAUCCGAAUAUAAUGAAUACCAACAGCAUGAACAACCCUAGUACAACCGCAGCAGGAGCAGCUGGCGGACCAGGAGGACCCAACAACAACUCUACCAUGCCAGGAGGAGGAGUGUCCGGUGGAAUAUCAAACAACAUCUAUGAUAGUCUGAACCACCCAGGACCACCGCCAAUGCCUCCGCUUUACCACGGCUCUUCCGACGUCUACAAUCCGAAUUCCAUCAUGAUGGGCGGAAGUGGCGGUACAGUGGGAGGUCAAAGUGGCCAACAACAGCAGCAACAGCAACAGCAUACUAUGCAGAGUUCUUCAAUGGGAGGAGGCAUGGGUGGAGCAGGAAGCAUGGUGCAUCAAUCCGGAUACAUUUCCCCAAGAGAGCGACAACGGGGUAAGAACGUUACUAGGAAUAAAGACGGAGGCAAAUACGCAGCACUCAAUGCGCACAAGGGGAAAGGCAAGCAACCGGGAAAAGGACAUCGUGGACCCUCGAUCAAAGACCUCUUUAUUGAACACCAACAGUAUGGGAAAGAAGGUAUUUUUCCUUCUAUCAUGUCGACUACUAGUUGUAGUAAGUAAACUGUAUUUACUGUUAGUACGGAACACGACCAACAGAUUAUUUUUCAUCUCCAAAUAUUACAGAGCAAAUGCUGGAACAGGACCUGCAACAGAGGGGAAUAACAGCAUUAACCGCUUCAGAGUUGCGAAUUACUUCCGAGCAGCGACCAGCAUUGUACUCUUCUUGAAUUUUUGCAUUCGUUUUUCCACUAGAGACCAACAUGGACGAUGAGUGUCUGAUCGCGGGUAAGAAUUGCGAGCAUGCUUUGGUUAAUCCAGACCAACAAAAAUUUAGGUACGAUCUCUUCACCGAUGUGGUCAACGCGAAUUUCAUGGCUGGCAACGGGCGCGAGUGGGAAGACGAUCGAGAGCAGUGGGAAGGCUUCGCAAGAACCCUACAAAAGCAUUUCGGGAUUGACAACGACCACUACAUCAACAACUAUUCUAGUUCUAGAGAGCAUAAUGGAGGUGGAAUUGGAAAAGACCAGAAUGGAGGAGCAAACUCGAAUCAUUCUUCACAGCAGGGUGGUGCUGGCGGAGGAGGUGGCGAGACGAGAACGCAGAACAAUGAUCGGAAUCAGAGACCGGGCUUGACGAUGGGAGAUUUCGUCACCAUCACGGCGGCUGAGUACUUUUUUACUAGAGUUCUUGUUAGAAAAUCUGAAUGAAGUAUUAUAAUGAAGAUGUCACCUCCUCCUAAACUACAGUAUUAGUAGAUUUUAUUCUUCUACCUCUACGUUUCAUCGUUUUUUUGAAAAUGAAACAACAACGCCAACAACAACAACGCCAACAACUAUUCCACCAAGUGCACCACCUCAUGCUAGGCACAUUCAUUCAUUCAUUCCAUCAACAGCGCGAAAAAGAAGAAGAACGCUGGUACAGCGAAAAAGCCGAAUACUGGGAAGACGGGUUCUUUCGGCAACAAAGAGGAAGCGACGAAAGCAGAAGAGGUCGACUGGACUUGCCCUCGCUGUACGUUGCGUAAUGCACUCUCUGACCGCACAUGUAAAGCCUGUGGAUUCUCGAAAGAUCAAGCAAAAAUGCUCGACGAGUUCCCCCCACUUGGUGCACCUACCGGGAAAAAGAAGUGAUCUCCUUCAUCUUCACUACAUCACAUUGUAUACUUUGUUCGGUUGACAAACUAUACUUGUAACUAUGGUGUUGAAAAAUCAAUAUAAGGAAAAACAACAAAUGCUUAAUGCUUUAGACAGAUAAUGCUUCUUGGUAAGGAAAAUGAGUAAAUACUUUGCACGACUUCAUCUUCUUUGUCUCCGUUACCUGUAUGGGGUAGACUAAUGGACCGGGAAGUAGAAAAAGAAGUGCUUAGUACUACACGGUGCACCUUCUUUAGAAAGGUUGAUUCCUUGAAUUCUUGGGAGAUAAAAUACCAUAUUUUCGAGGAAUCCUUUAGAGGGGUGUACAACUCGUGUCUGUCUUCAUGACAAUGAAAUUAAAUGUGUAGUUCGCUAGUACAUUUAUACGACCAGGACUAUAUCUUCUUCAACUACUUGUGUUCUCGUCAACUUCUUUGAUCACCUUGUACCUAGAAAUGAGAAGCACAAGUAUUAGUACGGUCGUAUGUUCAAAUGUAACUAUGGUGAACAAGCCGCACGCUCGUUAAAAACUCAAAGGAGCAGCACGGCUCUUUCCAAGAGGUUUUAUGUGAACCUACAACAAGCAACAAAACUAGAACUAGUAGAACAUUCAUCAUCUUUAGUAUUAUGUCAGACUCGAACUACAUCAAUAAAACGAUAUCAUUGAUCUUUGUCCUUCCAAUUAAAGAAUGUACUUGUCGAUCAACGUCCGUCGUCUUUAUUAUAAAAAUUGGAGGUUGAAAAUGAGGAAGUACGAAGACACCUCUGUUGUUGUGGUCGGGCGUCAAAUAUCGUAGUUUGUUUAAAGAAGGAUAGAAGUAGUAUGUAGGGACUUCUCCUCAGUACUUCCAACACUACCGAUCCAGAAACUUACAAUCCUUGACUGUGACAAAUAACACAAGGUUAUUUGCUGCCUCUACUUCUCUCAGAUUUGUUUUGAAUUUUAUGUACCAUCAUGUUUGUUGUAUACGAUGUGGUCCUCUGGUAGCUCGUUGAUUAUAGAGUCAGGUCGUGUUGUUGUGCUUUCCCUACUCGCUGUUAUUGUGUCCUCGUGGUCUAAAAAUUAUCCUCAGAUUAAAGCUGUAGCUGUCAAAUCGAAGUAGGUUGUAAUUCCCCCAGAAGGCACCUGUGUCCGAUUCUAUGUCGUAUACUGCAUCCUAAAUUGUGAUGUAGUCUACAGGCAUGGAGUCUACAGGCAUGUUCAUUGUUCACUUCCUGCAUAUUAAAAAUACAGCACACAAUAGAAGAUGGGACCGGAGACACAGAAUAGAAGAUCAUGUGACACAAAAGUUGUUAUCGUUGUUUAUGGUAGUGGCUCCUCCUUCCCCAUUUCUACUCGUCAUUAAUUUGCUAGUACAAAUACCGGGUUUGUGGCGCGUUAAUCACCUCCUCCACGGUGGUUGUGGUUCAUCUUAGAACGAUUUCAUUUGGAACCUAACCUAACCUUUAGUCGAAUCAGAAGUAGUCGAAUCACUAGUAUGCGGCGCUCUACUGCUCAUGUAGUUCUACUUCUUCUAACACAAGAUUCUUCUAACACUUGACGUGGUCCUUGCAGCGGUCAACACACAUUGUCCUUUCCCUGAUUCCCUGAUACCUCCAAGACCGUAAGGAAACGAGGACGCCAGCGUCUAUACAUUUGAGUUUAGAAGAAUUUUUGGACAAGGCAACAAAAAAAUGCUGGUGUUGCUGAAAUCUGAGUUAAAUCUCACAACAUCUCUCCAAAUCACAACAAUUCUACUCG